AUGUAAAAUAAGGUGACUUUCAAGAUAGUAAAUACAUCAGACCCAAAUUUGGCAUUCAGAACAGUAUCGUAAAUAUAUAAUUGUUAAUGACAAUAGAGUGCCCUAAGAAGCUCCAUUUAGUGCGGUUGUCAAAUAUGUGGCUGAAGAGGUAUGAGAAUCGCAUAAUUAAGAAUAGUUUAAAGUGAAUCCAGCAACAAGUGCCAUAAUAACAAAUGCAGGAACUGGAGUGUCACUUCAAUAGACUUCAGGGAAUGUGUUUUUGAAACAUGGUUCAGAAUUGAAGAUCAUUCCAAGAGAUCGCGUAGGUUAUUGUUGAUAUAAA